GAGUUCAGUUUGGCCAUGGCUGUGCCUGGGGGGAGGCUGUGUGUGCUGCUGGGGAGACUGGGCCGGACCGGGCCCCGGGGAACCAACACAAGGUUCUGCGCCACCGGGGUCCCCGCGUUGGGACUCACUGCUUCAGCUCAGGGCGCAUCUCAUACAGAAAGGAAGAGGUUCGUGAAGGAACAGCCUGUGCCUUUCUCCGCUUUCCUCACUGACAGUUUUGGUCGGCAGCACAACUACCUGCGAAUCUCCCUGACAGAGAAAUGCAACCUGAGAUGUCAGUACUGCAUGCCGGAAGAAGGAGUCCAGUUGACCCCCAAAUCAGAGCUUCUCACCACUCAGGAGAUUGUUGCCUUGGCCAGACUGUUUGUCCAGGAAGGGGUGAAUAAAAUCCGCCUGACUGGGGGGGAGCCGCUGAUUCGGCCGGACGUAGUGGAUAUUGUGGCACAGCUCCGCAAACUGGAAGGUCUGAAGACGAUUGCGCUGACGACCAACGGGAUCAAUUUGGCGCGGCAGCUUCCGAAGCUGAAAGACGCCGGACUGGAUGUCUUAAAUAUCAGCCUUGAUACCCUCGUACCCGCCAAGUUCGAGUUCAUUGUGCGCAGGAAAGGAUUUCACAAAGUGAUGGAAGGGAUCCACAGAGCCAUAGACCUGGGAUACAGUCCUGUUAAGGUUAACUGUGUGGUUAUGAGAGGCCUAAAUGAGGACGAGCUCUUAGACUUUGUGGCGCUCACAGAGAAGCAGCCAUUGGAGGUUCGAUUUAUUGAGUACAUGCCGUUUGAUGGCAAUAAGUGGAACUUUAAGAAAAUGGUGAGCUAUCAAGAGAUGUUGGACACCAUCCGCCAAAGGUGGCCUGAACUGGAAAGGCUUCCAACAGAAGCAUCCAGCACAUCAAAGAAUUACAAGGUGCCGCAUUUUGAAGGCCAAAUCGGCUUCAUCACAUCGAUGUCUGAGCACUUCUGUGGCUCGUGCAACCGGUUGCGCCUCACAGCCGACGGGAACCUCAAGGUCUGCCUGUUUGGAAAUGCUGAAGUGUCCCUGAGGGACUGGCUGCGCUCGGGGGUCGGGGAGGAGGAGCUCAUACAGAUCAUUGGGGCAGCUGUUGGACGCAAGAAGAAGCAGCAUGCGGGUAUGUUUAAUAUCUCCCAGAUGAAGAACCGACCCAUGAUCCUGAUUGCCGGCGGAUCGAGACCCCACCAGCGACUCCGGGACCCCCCAGGGAAUGUUCCGCACUUAAAAGGACGAAUUGAAAGGAAAAGCGUAGAGACUGCGAAUUGGACACCGGCACGGAGUAUCCGAGCGCCACCCUCGUGUAGCCGUAGGGCCGGUAACUGGGUGCCACUUUCAUUACUGACCAACUGCAAGGUGCUUCCGCAGCGCCGUUAUUGCAGCCGGUGGGGGGGCGUCACCCCGCAAUCCAUGUGCCUUAAUACCGACGCGGCCAGCGACCAAUCCCAAACGCACAAAGACUCCCAUUCUCUGAGCCACGUCAGCCCGGAAGGGAAGGUGACAAUGGUGGACGUGGGGGGCAAAUCCGACACGACUCGUACGGCGGUGGCUUCGGCGCUGGUCCGGCUGGGUCCGAAAGUCUUCCCCUUGGUGAAGAGCAACCAGUUAAAGAAAGGGGACGUAUUGACAGUGGCGCAGAUUGCCGGGAUUCAGGCGGCCAAACUGACCGCCCAGCUGAUACCCCUCUGCCACAACAUCCCCUUGACUCUGGUCGCCGUCACUUUAAGGCUGGACGAGUCCCGAUUGGCCGUGGAGAUUGAGGCCACGUGCCGAACCAGCGGCAAAACCGGGGUGGAGAUGGAAGCCCUGACGGCCGCCGCCGUGUCGGCCCUGACCGUGUACGACAUGUGCAAAGCGGUUUCCCACGACAUCGUGAUUGGGGAGGUGAAGCUUGUGAGCAAGACUGGGGGGCGCGGGGGCGACUUCCACAGGGCGGGGGGCGAGGGCGGACAGAAAUAAGUCUGACGCAACCAGAUUGGCUGUUGAGUGGUCAGACUUGUCGCUACUAGAUCCCAUGUUAGCGCUUAUGGACAGUUCAGAGAGCUGCUCUAUGUAACCGCUGUACAGCAACCCUACAGCUUCUAGUAUGGACUCAGGGACGUCAUUUGUAAAUACCGCAAAGGGGUUGGUCACCUAUGAGUUAACUCUUAGUAUGAUGUAGAGAGGGAUAUUCUGAGGCAAUUUGCAAUUGGUC